AUGACUCAGGAGAGCGAGCCUGCAGAGGAGCGCGAUACGAAGGAUGCUAGGGUACAACAACCCCGAAGGCGUGUCCUGUGGAAGAGGAUGAAAUCAAGCGCCUACGUUUCCGUUAUCAGCACAAAACAACUGUGCCCCCCACGUAGCGGCAGCGGCAGCGUCGCGAACGACGUCUUCCGCUGCAUUUCCCCGCUCUGCGCCCUGCCCGAUGACCUCGUCCUGCACCUCUUCACCUUCCUCGCCGUCGACGACAUCCUCUCACUGCGCCGCACCUCCAAACGCUUCGGCGCCGUAACGCGAACGCGUUGGGUCUGGCAAGACGCCCUCGCACGGCACGUCCUUGCACGGCGCCUGCCCAUCCCAGCCCCAGAACACUUCGACCCUCGCACCGCCUCCGCUCGCGCGCUCGAGCUACGGGCCGUCCGUGCCGCGCGCCUCGACCGUAACUGGCGCUCCGGCUCACCCAAACCCACGCGCUCCUCGUCUCUCCCCCUCUCCCUCUUCACCCUCUGCUCUAUCUUGUGCACCGGUGUCGAUGUCGGCGAUUCGGUGUCACAGAUAUGCUUCCUGCCAGGAUCUGGCGGCGAACGCCUCGUCGCCGUGUUCCGCCAAUCCAUGCUCGUAUGCUUGGACGUGCCUCUAUGCGGCGCCGAUCCACGUGCGGUCGCAAUGUGGUUCCCGCCCUCCGGCUCGUCGCUCGAGAUCGUCGCGAACGAGGACCCCGCGAGCGCGGGUCAGCUCGCCGUAGUUUACAUUGGACCUGUCGACGAAACGCUCGUCGUACUCUCUCUCGACGAGUUCCACGGCGAGUUCAUCGUCGAAGCUACUCUCAACGGCCACCUCGACGUGCUCGCGCCACUUUGCUCCCUCCGCGGUGCGCACGUCCUCGCUGGCUCAUCGCUAACGCUCUGGAACUGGCGAACCGGCGCGCGCACUGCGCUCACGGCCGUGGAGCAGUACCCGCUCGUUGACGGCGUCCCAACGCGCAAUCGCGUGUGCGCCGCUCGGCUUCUCGGCAGCCGCGGCGGCCCACGGUAUGUGCUCGCCGUACAAGAGCGCUCGAUCGCGCUCGUUCCCCUGGUCGCCGACCCCAACGAAGCGGACGAAGUCCUCCGCACCGUCCCUGACGACCCGGGCUACGAGAUCCCGCUCGCCUCCGCCUGCGCCGAAGCGACCGUCCUGCCCAACCCCGACUCCGGCUCCCCGUCCGCCACGAUCGUCCUGCGCCUCGCGGACGGCGCGGGCGUGCGCGUCGCGCGACUCGUCUUCGACCCGGAACGAUCGGGCUCGCCCUGCGCGAUCGUCCUCGACAUCCUCCCGCUCGCGCUCCCGCCGUCCGCGGGGGGCUUCGCGUUCGGCCCGAGCGGGCGCGGCGUCUGCCUCGUGACGCGCAACCUCGCCGCGCCCUCGGGGCGCGAACGCUAUCCCGCGCGCUGCGUCGUCCCGCUCGACGUGGGCGUGGGCGGGGCAGGUGAGGACGCGUCGGAGGCGUGGGCCGGCGAGGGGCACGUGUACGCGCGCCGGUGCGGCGUCGGGGAGGUCGCGGCGCGCCGGUACCAGCUCACGGCGGUGGCCCUCGAGGAUGCGGUGGGCCGCGUCGCUAUCGGGGACCGGGACGGGAUAGUGCGAGUGUUGGAUUUUGCGUGA